AUGUGCGAUACUGAUGAAGAUGAUGAUCUUUCUUCUAGUCGAGAAAAAAAAAUAGAAAGACAAAAAAAAGAUGGCAUAUAUUGUUGGCAAGUGUCGACGGGUGUGUAUGUGUCUAGAUCAUCACCAUCAUCGUCGUCAUCAAACAAAUGUCAAUACUAUUUCGCUUUUGAUCAGAUCCAAAUCAUUAGCAGCAAUAAAAAAACCAUAAGGCUGAACAGUAACUAA